GUUAUAACUGCAUAGGCAAGUGAUAGCUAAGAGUGGUCGGCCUUUGUGUAUAUUGAUCAAUAGAAAUGGCUGAGGCAGUUCCAGGGCCAGAGUCACAAGACAAAAGUUUGAAAUCUAGAUCGAGUCAAGAAACAGAUCGAACGCCGGACAAAAAUAAAAGUGAUGGGAGUGAACCUGUCAGCCAAGAAACUGCUACUCCACCUUCAGAUGUUGUAGAACUUUGCAGAGAAACAUUCCAGAAAACUGCAGAAUAUCUUCAAGGAGAAUUAGAUGGCACGAUUGAAGAUUACAAACUUCUGGAGAGUAUGAAUAAGAUUACAAUGAAUAAAUAUGCUGAGAUGAAGCAGAUUGCUCUUAGUGUCAGUGGAGCUCUGAAUGAGUUAAAUAAUAAAUACAAUCAGCUGCAGCCAUAUUUAGAACAAAUUGACCAGAUAGAAGAGAGCGUAGCUGCAUUAGAGCAAGUAGCUUAUAACUUAGAUCAGUAUUCCAAAAAACUAGAAAAUAAAUUUAAGGCACUGGAGAGACGGUAGAAAGAAUUUGGACUUGAAAUUGCAAUUCUAGAUUAAAUAAACUUGCAUGUUGGGUAAACUUUCAGCGACUUUCCAAUUUGUCAUUGCAAUUCCUUUGUAAUAUAAGUGUUGAAAGCCUAUUUCAUUAUUUAAAAAAAAUCAUGAUCUUGAUUGGUUCACAAAAUCAUGUGAUCAUUUUUUAAAUUAAUUUUUCUUGUAUGUAAAAAUGGAUGGUUGAUUUGUGUGCAAUGGAAUUCAUUGCUUUUGAUUUAAGCUUUCUGUAAUUCUUGUUCCUAGAUAUAAAAUUUUAAAAUAUAAUUUUAAGCUUUGAUAAGUUAAUUUAUUUAUUAUAGAAAGUACUUGCUCUGCAAUAAAUGUCAGGUAUGCAUUGUAGAUUAUUGACAUGCAAUAUGUGAAACCACAUGUUUUUUAUCUUGUGCUUUGCAAUAGAGGAUUGGAAGCUCUGAAUCCCUCACUCAAACAGUUUGCUAAUGAUGGAUUUUACAUAAAGGAUGACCUCAAAUUGUGAACAGAAAUCUUCAUCUGGAAUUCAAACUCAGCACCAUUGAGUUGCAGCCAAGUGCUUUACCAUUAAGCCAACUGGCCCAUGUUUUUAUGGGAUGAUAAUAAUGAUAUUAGACUUUGUGAUACAGUUUGCACUGAUGUAACUCAAAGCUAUAUUUGUAUAAUGUAAAGUGUUCUAUCCUAAGUACAAAUUUCCAAACAAGGAAAUAUGUAGGGCAGGACAAAGUUUAAAUGGCAAUAGGAAAUUACACUCCAGAGGUUAAUUGUCAAGAACAGCAGGUUUACUGGCAAGAACACAUAGACACAGAUUCUGCAAAGGUCAAAGUUGAAUAGCUGUUCAAUGUAGGGCACUGACUAGAUUACUAACACAAAAGGUUUCAAGAUUCUCUCACAGAAUGUGGAACACAAACUUCUAAAUGGCAAAAAAAAAAUCAGUUCAAGAUUGAUCCUGUUGGUAUAGAUUUGUAGUUGUUAGCAAGUCUGGUUUUGAAGUCAAGUAUAAUCACAGAGAUGCAAAAACAAAGGCAAAGAGUUUUACUGGAUUGUACGCCAUAUCAAUCUCUGUGUGCAUAGAAAAACAGUGUCCAUCUUAGAUCAUGUAAAGCUUUAAACUGUGUCCAUCUUAGAUCAUGUAAUAGCUUUAAACAGUGUCCAUCUUAGAUCACGUAAUAGCUUUAAGCUGUGUUCAUCUUAGAUCAUGUAAUAGUUUCAAAGAGUGCUCAAACCAUAUUGUGACCUCAAAUUAAUUUUUACAGAAUGUAAUCUAAAAGAUGAGAUUUUCAGUCUUCUAUAUCUUAAACUGAAAACAAAAAUUGUAUUUGAAUGUACAAACUUGAAGGUUUUCUUCUUGGGAUAUUUUUUUUAUCUCCAUUUUAUUGUCUGAGACAUUUUUUCUACAUUCAGCUGUUGUACUUGUCAUUAAUAAAAUACAAACUUGCUAAGCUAUUAGACCUACAUCUAAGUAAUUAGUAAGUAAUUAGUAGUUUUAUCAAGCAUACAUUGAAUUAAUACCAAAGCUUAAAGGAUUGAAAAAAGCUAAAUAGCCAGAUUUAUUUUGAAAGAAAUAAUUAAGAAAAAAAAAUGUAAAGGAUUUUUUUGUGUGUGUUCUUUUUAAUCUAAUCUUGUUAAUUUUUUGACCGCAAGGGAAAUGGAGAAUUUAUUCUGUAUUGAUUAUAAAAAAAUAAUCCAAAAUAACAUGACAGAAAAUAGGUUUCACUGCUGUUAAUUUUUAGUUGACAAAAAUAAAAAAAGAGUUUGUCCAGAUUCAGUGAACUUGUGAAUUUUUAUACAAGAGACAUUUUCUUGUUCAAUUUGUGAUUUCUUUUUUUUUUUUCAAUGGUUUAAUUUUUUGUAUGCAAGCUAUUUAAGUUUGUACUCAAUUCUGUUCUUUAUAUAUUGUUUGUAGAUACAUUAUCAUCAAAUCUA